AUGUCUACAUCUGUUUCUCAAGAUGUUCCUGACCUCACUGGAACUUGGGUAUUGAACCGAAAACUGUCCACCGACCCGGACGAAGUUUUUAUUCUGCAAGGCGUACCUUGGGUCGUCCGAAAAGUCCUGCGACAUGCCCGGCUUUCGUUGCAAAUCUGGCAGACGACUACCCCGUCUGAAACCGAAAGUACAAGUGACGAGGGCAAGUCAGCAGAGAGUUCUUCGGACUCAAUCACAACUCUUCGGGUGAUACAAACUGUCAACCCGGGUGGAUUUGACAGUGAAGGGUCUUAUUCUGUCGAUGGAAGCACCAAAGAGCUUUCGCUGCCCAUCUUCGGUGAUAUUCGCACCCAGCUCAAAUUCAUCAAGAAGACGGAGGUCAUCGAAGAAUCUAUUCGUGAAGCUCUGGUGGGGGCGAGUUUGACCGAGAUGGUGAUUCAGGAGUUGGCCUACAAUGCGUCAAAGGGCUGGGAAGCCGAAGUGGUUUGGACAUUUGAAGAACUGGAUAGAAAGAAGUAUCUCACAAGGAACAUCAGUACGACCAAAGAGGAAAAGAAGGUCAUUGCUAAGAUGGUCUAUGAUGGUCCAUAG